AUGACGUCUCCGAACUCCCGGGAACUCGUCAUCGCGAAAACAGCACUCUACGCCGCUCUUCUGCGGCAAGAUCCUACAACCGUCAAGCGCGAGGAGAUUGAGGUCUUUCAUGCUUUACUCGACACGGCCAUCGCCCGGUGCUCCCACGACAAUAUCCAGAAGUGUAAAGAAUGGCUGCUUCAACACGUUGCUUACUCUACGAAUCGCGUCGAGUAUCUUGCAAAAUAUCUAGCGGAGCUGGCACGAUCCUUUGCGGUGCCCUCAGCCCCUCGCUCAAAGCCAUCGCCGCAGCGUCGACAAAUUCAUAUCCUGUAUCUGCUGAAUGAUUUGCUUCACCACUUCAAAUCUCAACAGGAUCCCCAUGCCGCGCUCCCCGCUCUCUGCGAGUCUCAACCGCAGCACAUCCUCAAACUGUUUGCCCACGUCUCAGCUUACAGCCCAGAGACAUACCCUGUGCAUCAUCGUCGGCUUCGUAACCUCCUCGAUCAUUGGUCUGAGAAAGGCUACUUGAGCGAUAGUCUGAUCCAUCGUUUACGGGAGGUUGUUAAGACUCCUUCCGCCGCUCCAGUCGAAGAAUUGCCAAGCACCGGUGCAGCGAAAAAGGAUGUUCCGUUCGUCAUUCCACCAACCCAUGGAGAUGUUUCCAUGCCUUACUAUGACCUGCCUGUGGGCAAUUGGCUCCAGCAUCUCAUUCCCAACGCCACCAUUCGAUUACGACCUGCAGACCUUAAGCCAUUGCAGUUCAAGGCUGGCCCUGCAGAUGAGAUGUUGGUCGAAGACUUGAAAAGAUUUCUCAAAGAAGCGGAUGAGAUUCCUGGCACCGAGCCCCUCGUCAAAGAAGACAAAACUGUUGGGGUGGAUAUCUUAGGACAAAGAAUUAUCCGAGACGCGACUGCAAGCGAGAAUUAUUACGCAUGGUCUCGUUCUUUCGCUCAGAAAAUGAAGAAGAGAUCCGAUGGUUUCCGUGGUCGACAUCGCAGUGUCAGCGAGGAAAGAAUCGGCCGUAAACGGCGCCACAGUGAAGAUUCUGCGAGUGAUUACACUGUUCCAUCCGACUCCCGAUCGAUCAGUCGAUCGCGACCUCAGAAACGCGGGAACCACCAAAGCUCGCGGCCACGUUCGAGGAGUCGGCGGUCCGACAGUCGUGAGAGUCCAUACAGCCCGAAGGAACCGUCACCUCCCCGGUUCCCACCCCCACACCAACAACACCAGCCACCUCAUCACCAGGUACAAUACCCUCCUGCUUACUCUCCAACCCAACCUGCCUACCCACCUCAACACUACCCCCUGGGCCAUAGCCCUUCCUCUUCUCUUCCCUACCCUCCCCCACCCCCUUCCAACUACUCUGGGUCCUGGCCUCCUCCUCCCCCGCCUCCAGGCCCAUUUCCAGGAGGUCCCUUCCCACCUGGGCCUGGCAUGCACCCCUCCGCCUUUCCUCCUUCUUCGUAUGAUAAUUUCCCACAUGGUGCUCAGCAGCCACUUCCACCGGGGCAACAGCACUUCCCACCUCCCCACCCUGGGAAUCAUGGCAAUAGCAAUCCGUGGGGACGCAAUGGGCGCAAUUGGUGA